UAAAAAUAAAAUCAUACUGUUUUGGCGAGCUUCUUGGUUGACAAGCGCGUAAACCAAUCAGCGUCGGGGAGGUGGGGCGCUUGGAUUCGCUCGCUCUACUUCCCCACACAAGCGAAAGCGGCGGAGACGGGCGAUUCUAUCGCCAUCAUCACUUUGACUGGACCUGCAAGGAUCUACAGUGAACAGCAGCGGCCAUCGAUCGCGCACCAUCACCGGCUUCAGCGAAGACGUGAAGGCACCGGAUCCUCUGGAGAUGGCGGGGAUUCUGGCUUGGUUCUGGAACGAGAGGUUCUGGCUUCCUCACAACGUCACCUGGGCUGACUUGAAAAACACAGACGAGUCGAGCUUUCCUCAAGCUGAGGAUCUGUAUCUGGCGUGUCCUUUGGCUUUCUGCAUGUUCAUGAUCCGGCUGCUUUUUGAGAGGUUUAUUGCAAGGCCGUGUGCACUAGGUCUAAAAAUCCAAGCCAAUGGACCGCAGAAGGCUCAGCCCAACGCUAUUCUGGAGAAGGUCUUUACCGCUAUCACUAAGCAUCCGGAUGAGAAGAGGCUAGAGGGUCUGUCCAAGCAGCUGGACUGGGACGUCAGGACCAUUCAGCGCUGGUUCAGACAUCGACGCAACCAGGAGAAACCCAGCACGCUGGCGCGCUUCUGCGAGAGCAUGUGGAGGUUCACUUUUUACCUGUACAUAUUUACAUACGGCGUGCGGUUCCUAAAAAAGACGCCGUGGCUGUGGGACACCAGAAAGUGCUGGUACAGUUACCCCUAUCAGCCGUUAACAGUGGAUUUACAUUAUUACUACAUACUGGAGCUGUCCUUCUAUCUGUCACUGCUCUUCUCUCAGUUCACGGACAUCAGAAGGAAGGACUUUCUACUCAUGUUUCUCCACCAUGUGGCCACCAUCUCUCUGAUCACCUUCUCAUAUGUGAAUAACAUGGCUCGAGUGGGAACGCUGGUCAUGUGUCUGCACGAUGCCGCCGACGUCCUGGUGGAGGCUGCUAAAAUGGCCAACUACGCCAAGUGUCGGAGACUGUGCAACAUUCUGUUUGUGAUGUUCGCUCUGGUUUUCAUCAGCUCCAGGCUGGGAGUUUAUCCUUUGUGGAUUUUAAACAGCACUGUGUUUGAGAGUUGGGAGAUUGUCGGGUCGUUUCCGUCCUGGUGGGUGUUUAACCUGCUGUUGGUGCUGCUGCAGGCCCUUCACAUCUUCUGGUCAUAUCUCAUCCUGCGUAUCUCCUGCACGGCCAUCUCCAGAGGAAAGGCGGGGAAAUGGAAUCCUUUACAUGUGUCAAAGGAUGACCGCAGUGAUAUUGAGAGCAGCUCUGAUGAAGAUGAACUUCGGCCUCCUCCUCACAAACAUCACACUAACGGGACCAACGGAGCCCACGGCACCAACGGUUACCUGUCCUCGGCCCACUGUCCAUACGAACACUAACCGUCACGGACAUUCCAGCUGCGAGACGGUACCUGCAUCACUGCUCUGUGUCAAAACAUGUAUGAACAUUGCCGGUCCAGUACUGGAAAUUCUCAAUAAUGUGAAUGCGGUUUUUCACCAUCCUCUCCAAUCUUUUGCCUUUCGUGUUUUUGUGUUCUUUAUUGGUAAACGUUGACUGGUUAUCAAAGCACCUUUUAGAUUCAAUGCAGCUCAACUCACUUUUCUCUUUUAGCGGAUGAAUGAAAGCGUGGUUCUUUCAAUCAUAAUCAUGUGAGCAUGCUGCAUUUCUGCCAUCAUGGAUCAGUAGUGUUCUUGGAUUAAUGUGUCUUGAUUCAUUUUUUUAUCUGUAGUAAGUAAUAGUAAGUUUGUUGCUCUUAAAUUUUUCGACGUACACACCCUAUUUACACCAACAGGACAGUGGUGCCGUUGACCAGGCUAGAACAGCAUUACGCUUUUCCACCCGAAACGUUUUACCCGCCCUCACGUAUGACCCAAGACAAACUCUACGCAAAAAGUGUUGUUGCAUUCUGAAAUAUGUUGUUUUAUGAAUAACGUACCCUGACACAAGUACACCCUCUGUCUUCAGCCACAAAAGGAUAGAAAGGGGGUCACAAUAUUACAUUUUCACUGCACGAUAAUCGUGGCCAAAAGACUUUGCGCUAACAAUAUUAUCGCUGUAUCUAUUGACUUUUUUAUGUCAAUGUAAUGUCAUAUGUGUAGAUUUAAGUUGCACAAACAUUGAUAUACGUGUCGAUACUUUGUGACACCCCUAAUUUGUAUCGAUUUUGUUUUGUCCUUCGACUCUCAAGUCGGUGGAAUCGCAGGCUUUCAUGAUCUGAGCUUCAGCACCAAAGCUAAGUUGGUGUAAAAAGGGUUUUUAAAUGAUUUGCCAAGGUAUUUCUACACAUAUUAAUGAGUUAUUCAAAGUCAAUCGAAAUGAAUUUGCAUUAACACACACUAGUGUUUAAUCACAGAUCACUCACAUUCCACAGCAAACUUAUUUUCACAGAUACAUCGAUCGUGGAGGGUCUGAAUCAGUGUUUCAAGGUCCUGAAAGAGUCAUGGAAAUACUUGAUCGAAUGAUGAAUGAAGUCUGCAGAGACUGAAGUCAUCUGUUGCUUUUAACACAAAGUAUUCCAUCUUCAGAAGGAUUUUAUUUGAGAUGCUGUAAAAUUGAGCCGUUUAUCAGUUUUAUAUUCGUGUAAUACCACUGAAGUGCAUAAGGUCCCAAAAUUGAACUCAAGUUUAGGAAAUAUCCCCCAGUCACAAUAUUGUUUUUCUGCAUUUAAACGUAUACGUUUUAGAAACACGGUACAUGAGAAACAUAUCAAUUCAGUCUGUGUGAGACCAGAAUAGUGAACAAGCACUUUGUUAAAUAAGUUGCGCCAAACACUGGUUUAUUACGUUGUUGUCUGUUCUUGUGCUUUUUAUCAGAUUUGUUUUGUUUGAAUUGAAAUGAUACUGCAGGUUGGCUGGAUCAGGGUUGACAGGUGAUUUGUUUGCUCUCAUUUGAGUGUUUGGAUGAUGUUUGUGUUUGGAAAGAUGUGUGCUGCUGCUGCUGCUGCUGUCUGUGAAGGUGGAGAAGCUCUCCGGUCGUCUCAUUUGCACUCGGACAGACGUGUGGCUGUGUUGUGUGGUUUACAUUUGAUGUCAAAAACAAGGCAAAGACCAACAAACAUCUCUGCCUUUGCUGGAAAAUCUGAUUAGCAGCUGGUCUAAUGAAUAAUGUUGCCAUGUAUUUUAAAUAAACACAACAAACCAAAA